CUGAGUGAUGGCGGUGCGUAUGUGUGAAAGGAAAUGACUGUGAAAUAUCUCAAAAUUAAACGUAGUUUACGCUGCUUUCGACCAUAAAUCAAAGUCAGAACUACAUGUGGCUCUACUGCUUGGAACCUAUGCUGUUAAACAUUGCAAAUGCCCUUGUUUUCAAAGCGAAAAUCAGGAAAACAAAAAUCGAAAGUCGGCAGAAAUGAUACGAAACUGGAAACAAACAAGACGAAUACUUCUCAGAAAGUAAAACAUCAAGACACUGGAUCCAGACAUGGUUUUAAUGACAUUUCAACAACUUCAGACGUAUGCAGAAAAGACCUUCUUAAGUCUUGUCAACGUCCUGCCAACUCCUCUGCUAAGUGCGUAGCAAACUUUCCUCGCCAAUCAAGGCUUUCAAAAUCGUUACCAGAAGUGUUGGUUGACGAUGCAAUAUUGCCGUCGUUCUUAGAAUUCCUGCAGAAACAAGAUGCACAAAAUGUACUCAACUUCUGGCUUGCAGCAGAGACCUUUCGACUUUCCUCUCGGGAAAAAUUCAAUCCAAACUCUAUGAUGCAGAGUUCGCACAAAGCAUCACAAAAUCAUUUAAAAGCUAACAUUGGUAGUAAUUUUGAAUCAGGGCAUUCUGCUCUAAGAACAGGAGUUUUAGUUCCAGGGAAUAUUCCUGACUCUUCUAGGACACAAAGCAAAACAUUUAGUGGAAAAUCAUCAGAAACAUUAAAUAUAAUUCCUUCACUGGAAUGCUUUGACAAAGACAAUCCUUCAAAUGAUACUAGUCAUCAGGAUGGCUAUGAAGUAUCUUCAACAUGUGAUACUACAAGCUUAAAUUUGACUUCUCAAAACCUCAAUAAGUCCUCUGGCCACUUGGAAAUUGGUUCAAUUUCACCUGGACUAUAUACAAACAAUGACAAUGGCCACACAAAGUGUAAUGUGAAUUCCAAUAGCCAGUCUCAGAAGAGAUUGGACAGAGAUUCAAGUAAAUGUAAUCUGGAAAGUGCGAAUAAAAAUGAACUUUACGAUGAAGAUGAUGAAAAUAGAAUAUUUCAGUCACAAGGCAAAGAUGAAACAUCAAUACAUCAAGCCAGGGAAAGACGUCGAAUGUCAAAAGUAAUGCUCGACGAUGCGCUGAGCAUAUAUCGUCAUUUCAUAUCACUUGAUGCAACGCAACCGCUUGGUGUUGAUGAGAAUAUGAGAAGACAAGUUGAGAGUAACAUUUGCACAGAGAAUGGCAUCAUCGCCUCAAACUGCUUCAAUGCUGCUCAAAAGUUUGCCUAUGACACUUUACAAAGCAGAUAUUUUGAUGAUUUCAUACGAAGUUCCCACUACCAGAAACAUAUCAUGGACAUUUUGACAAGUGGCAAAGUAUUCCUUGCAGAUAUCAUGUAUAAUGACGACGCAAUGUUUUAUUUUAUGGAAUUUAUGGAACAAGAAGGGAAAAGUUAUCUUCUUGCAUUCUGGUUUGCUGUCGAUAGUUUUUGUCAGGAAUUGCAGUCAAAACUAGACAAAGAGGAAUAUAACCCUGAUCAGGCGUUGAGUGAUGCAAUGGUCUUGUAUGACAAGUAUUUCUCCAUGCAAGCGACCAAUUCACUUGGUGUUAGUGAUGAAACAAGAAUUCGCAUUGAGAAUAAGAUUUGUCGUGAGGGUGGACCAUUGCCAGAAUGCUUUGAAGAACCAAUGGAAAAUGUUUUAACGCUUCUAGAGGAGGUGUAUUUUUCAAUUUUCCUGGACAGUAGUGUAUACAUGAAGUACCUCAAUGAGGUGUUCAGUUCUGUAACUGACAUUGACUUGGAUCAGACAAGUACUUGCGCGGAUGAUUGCAGUAGCACAGCCAGUGCAGGGGAAGCUGCUAAAUUAAUGGAAUCCCUGGUAAAUGAUGCGGAAGCACAUGAGGACCCAGAUGAGAUUUGGCAGAGACCUCACUUUGGUCUUUCAAUUGGAAGAGUAAAUGAAUUUGGUAUUUACGAACCAGGGAUUGAGCCACAGCCUGGGAAAAAAGAAGACUUGAAAUUUAGGCAGAAAAUGAAGAAAUUAGUCUCUGGGGAUUCGGACAAGAUGAAAGAAGAAAUGGCGUGGAAAGUCGCUAAAAUGGUUUUAGAAGAUGUUAAAAAACAACAGAAGAAGGCACGAUAAAUGAUGCUGAAACUCUAGUCCAAUAUGGACGUCUCAUGUUGAGCUCUACCAAGGACCGAGACUUCAGAGUUUCAACCAUGCACCGAAAUAUGUUCAUCCGUAGAUUGCGCACAAUUCGCCGGGAAUUCGAAUAAAUUAAGACAAAUAUUUGUACAGUAACGCCCUGGUCAAACGAGAAUGACAGUUGAGAACGAGAGUUGAUCACCGCGCGCAUUAAUUUCGUCAUUACUCCACUUCGUUUUGCUAUUUUUUUGUUUCUGCCCGUUGUUUUCAGAAGAUUUCUUUUUUUCUUUGCAAAAAAAAUGCAAAC